AUGUCACCUCAAAUGCAGACGUCCGAGCGAAGCCCUCUCCUCGCCUCUGGCGACGCCGCUGCCUCGACCAAACCUAACCCUCGCCCGUCGCGCAUCCGUGAGCUUGGCCUUUUCAUCUGGGCUCUUGCUGCGACCGCUGCCGUCAUCAUCAUUGCAGUCUGGGCCCAGCAUGUCCAGCAGACGGCCCCCCAUCGCCCUCCCAAGCACCAUGCCUCCAAGCGCAACCUUGUGUUCAUGGUCUCCGACGGCAUGGGCCCCGCCUCGCUCUCGCUCACACGCUCGUUCCGCCAGCACAUUGACGACCUCCCCAUCGACGACGUCCUUACACUAGACAGACACUUCUGGGGCACCAGCCGUACCCGCUCCAGCAGCUCCCUCGUGACCGACAGCGCUGCCGGUGCAACUGCCUUCUCCUGCGGCCGCAAGAGCUACAACGGUGCCAUCUCUGUUACACCAGACCAUGAGCCUUGCGGCUCUGUCCUGGAAGCCGCCAAGAAAGCCGGGUAUAUGACUGGUCUUGUGGCUACUACAGCCAUUACCGAUGCUACACCCGCUUGCUUCGCCAGCCACGUCCUCGUCAGAUCCAUGCAGGACGAGAUCGCCAUGCAGGAAAUCGGCGCCAGCAGCCCGCUCGGCCGGUCAGUUGACCUGAUCCUUGGCGGUGGUCGUUGCCAUUUCCUCCCCAACCACACCGACGGCGGUUGCCGUGAGGACGACAUCGACGUCGUUCAGCUCGCACAGGACAAGUACAACUGGACUUAUGCGGGAGAUCGCAAGAGCUUCGAUGCUCUCGAUGGCGGCGAGAAGGUCGACCUACCCAUCCUUGGCCUGUUUGCGCACUACGACUUUCCCUUUGAACUCGACCGUCGCAACCAGAACGAUGUAUAUCCCAGCCUCAGCGAGAUGGCCACCACCGCUCUCCGUGCUCUUGAAAAGGCGACCGCGGACAGUGACAAGGGUUUCUUCAUCAUGAUCGAGGGCAGCCGCAUCGACCAUGCCGGCCAUAUCAAUGACCCCGCUGCGCAGGUUCAUGAGGUCAUCGAAUACGACAAGGCUUUCAAGGCCGUCCUCGACUUCAUCGAAAGCUCCGAGACCGAGACCGUGCUUGUGGCAACCAGCGACCAUGAGACUGGCGGUCUCGCCACCGCCCUCCAGGAGCCCGGCCACCUGCCCGUCUACAACUGGUACCCAGAGGCCCUUGCCAGAGCCAACAGCUCAUGCGAGUACCUCGCCAGCAAGCUCAUCAAGCGCGUCUCGAGCACCUCCGAGACCAAGAAGAAGCUCAAGUCCUGGAUCAACGAGGAGCUCGUCAUCGGAGGCCUGGGCAUCACGCACGCGACCGACGAGGAGCUCGAGUACCUCAUCGCCCACCCCGACCUGUCCGUCCACAUCUUCGCCGCCAUGAUCUCCCUUCGCGCCCACGUCGGCUGGAGCACCCACGGCCACACCGCCCUCGAUGUCAACAUCUACAGCUCUGGCCCGGACAGUGCCAGCGUGAUCCGCGGAAAUGUGGAGAACACCGAUGUCGGCAAGUACUUGCGAAGCUAUCUCGAUGUCGACGUGGAGGAGGUCACCACCCAGCUCAGGAAGCAGCUGAAGUUGGCGGAGAUGAAAGGCAGCUUAAAUUUCGGUGCGAAGAAGCUACACGAGAAAGACUAUCACAGAAAUGAGGAGGUAUAA